AUGUCGACCUCAUCGCUACGGCGACAAGUGAAGAACAUCGUCCACAACUAUUCAGAGGCUGAAAUCAAGGUUAGAGAAGCGACAUCCAAUGACCCAUGGGGACCCAGCAGCUCUCUGAUGUCAGAGAUCGCCGAUCUGACCUACAAUGUCGUGGCCUUCUCUGAAAUUAUGAGCAUGGUGUGGAAGCGCCUCAAUGACCACGGCAAGAACUGGAGACAUGUCUACAAGGCCAUGACUUUAAUGGAGUAUCUGAUCAAGACGGGUUCUGAGCGGGUCGCCCAGCAAUGUCGAGAAAACAUUUACGCAGUCCAGACCCUCAAGGAUUUUCAAUACAUCGACAGGGACGGCAAAGACCAGGGUGUGAAUGUGCGCGAAAAAGCCAAACAGCUGGUGACCCUGCUGAAAGACGAAGAACGACUAAGAGAGGAGCGGAUCCACGCCCUCAAAACCAAAGAGAAGAUGGCACAGACUUCCAGUGCUUCUUCGGCACCCUCAGCACCCAACCUCGGGGGCAGCCUGUCGCUGGGGUCCCACUCCGGCGGCGCAGACCCCGAGCAGGCGUGGCCGCAGAGUUCCGGAGAGGAAGACCUGCAGCUCCAACUGGCUCUGGCCAUGAGCAAAGAAGAAGCCGAGCAGCUUUGCUCUCACCAUGUGACCCCUGACCUCCCUCAGACUAGCAAGGACCCUCUGGAGGAUGCAGAGAUCCGCUAUGCAAUCACACUCAGCAAAGAGAUGCUCCAAGAGGAGGAACGACUGCGCAGAGGCGACGACUUGCGACUGCAGAUGGCCAUUGAAGAGAGCAAGAGGGAGAAGGCCAAGCCAGAAGAGAGUGCUCUAAUGGAGUUGAGUGCUGUGGACCCUUGGGGGGCCCCUGCUGCCGCCGCCGCCGCUCCCACACCCACCGUAGGCUCAGCCGGUCCUUCCCCUCCGCCAACACUUCCCAUCGCCACUUCAGGCCCGUGGGCAGCACCUGCCGCAGACCCAUGGGGUGUGGCCUCACCCACUUCCCCUACCAGCGCUGACCCCUGGGGCGGAGGGCCGCCGCCAACCAUAGCUCCUCCUCCGGACCCGUGGGGCGAGACAUCCAACAAAGUUAACAAUGUGGAUCCCUGGGGAAGCUCAGCUGUGACACCCCCCAGUGUCGACCCCUGGGGCCCCACAAUGCCACCCAGCACUUCCUCCUCAGGGGGGCCCAUAGACCCCUGGGCGAAGGACGUGCUUGUCCCCGCCUCUGACCCAAUCACCUCCGACAUCUGGAACGACUCUGCCAAUCACACUAACGGCACAGGAGACCCCGAGCGACGAGGGUCCUCAGCGACAGGAUGCAACAGCACCGGCUCUCCAGUUCCCUUUGACCUCUCCUCCCUAGGUUCCUCCCUACCUGUUCGCAAGACCCCAGAGUCCUUCCUCGGGCCCAAUGCGGCUCUGGUGGAUCUCGACUCACUGGUGUCGUCCAAACCUAAACCCAAACAGCCGCCCCCUCCAUCCAUCAACGCCUCAUCGGCGCACAACCCCUUCCUCCAGAACACAGGCUCGUCUCCAGCACCCGGCAUGGCCGUGACCCCGGGCAGCACCAUCUCUAGCCGCGGCGUGUCUCCCACACCGGCCUCGUCCAACCCUUUCGGCGUGGCUCCUGCCAUGAGCUCCAUUUCACCUCAGCCCUCGUCCCUGGGCCUGAGCGGCCUUCGCACCAGCCCCGUGCCUCCCAACCCCUUGCUGGGCAUGGCGCCCCCCGGAAUGAGCCUGGGGCCCAUGAACGCGGGGCCCCCCGGAAUGGGCCUGAGCAUGAUGCCGGCCGGCCCCGUGGCCAUGAGCUACAGCGGGCUCUCCCCGAUGGCGCCGCCGGGUUCCGCUAUGCUAGGUCCCGGAGCGGUGGCUCCCCCUCAGCUGAUUUUGGGCGGGCCUGGUAGGGCGGGUGCAGUGAUGGGCACAGGCGGCGCGGUGGGAGGCGCAGGAACGACAGGAGCCAGCACUAAUCCCUUUCUUCUUUGA